AUGGCAUCCUCGUCGCACAACCCGUACCCUCGAUCGCCGAACCCUUCAACAAGAUCCUACGACUCGUCCUCAGUCUCGUCUGCCACUUCGCCGCAUCCGAACACGCAGUACCUCGGAGGGCUCAUGAGCACGAGUGCUCGUCCCGGCGCGGCGCCUCCUCCACAGCCAAUUGGGAUCCCGCCGCUUCCUCCUCUCCAUCAGGCUCCCUUCCAGCCCUAUACGCCAGUCACUGCGGGCUCCAUGAUGGGCCGUGAAUCUCUUCCGCCCAGCGACCCUAUGUCCAGCGCGUCCGGGACCCCCGGGGCGCAGGCAUCUAGUCAGGCGCAAAAGCGAGCUUACCGCCAACGGCGGAAGGAUCCCAGCUGCGACGCAUGCCGAGAGCGAAAGGUCAAGUGCGAUGCUACCGAGACAUCAAGCUGUUCAGAAUGUUCGAGUCGCAACAUGAAGUGCCAGUUUACCAAGGAAACGAACAGGCGAAUGUCGUCGAUCAAGCAGGUACAGGACCUCGAGAAACAGGUGGACAGAGUUCGCCGCGAAAAUGCGAACCUCAGGCGCCUCCUGCAAGAAAGGCACGGUCAGCUGGACGUGGACACAGAGGGGGCAGAGUUGCAGUCGCUGAAGCUCCCCGACAUUGCAUCGGCACCGAAGCGCAAACCGCGGCCUGAACCCGUCUACCACCAGGAGCGGACGAGAGCGAACCUGCAGACUUACGCAAAGGGCAUCUGGAAGCCACCACCUCAAUAUCGUCGAAAUACCCCGACGGCAAGCAGCGAUAUCACGCGACCAAGUCUCCCACCCCAUGCAAUCACCGAGCAGCUGCUACGCACAUAUCAUGCUACUCUUCACACCAUGUUCCCCAUCAUUCACUGGCCCUCCUUUCAAGAGAAGAUUGGGGAGCUGUACCAACAAGGAAAUACCCACAAUGCUCCUCCUCAGUUCUUGGCGAUGUUCUUUGCUGUGAUGGCCCUCGGUUGUCUUUUCACCACCGAGCCGUAUACUGUUCGAUCGAAUCGAGCGGCAGAUCUUAUGGACGUUUCUCGCGGACUGAUCGAUCCUUGGAGCGACGAGCACACACUGGACGAUGCACGCACUCUCGUCUUGGUCGCAAUCUGCCUGAACGAGCUCAACCUCAAGACAGCCUCCUGGACCUGGCUAGGAACGGCUGUGCGAGUCGCUCAAGAGCUCCUCUUGUACACUGAAGAUGGGAUUUGGCCCUUUGUGGAAGGGGAAAUGCGCCGGAGGACUUGGUGGGCCAUCUACAUCAUGGAUCGGAACCUAGCAAGCGAACUCGGGCGGCCGACCCUGAUCGACGACGGGGAUUGUGACGUCCAGUUGCCCCUGGGCUUUGACGAUCAAUACCUCCAAGACGCAGGCCCUCAUGUGCCCCCUGGCGCCGAGCCGCUGAUGCAUUCCCUCCUAGCAAUGAUCCACGUUUCACGAUGCCUCGACCCUCUAAUGAAAGUUCUCGAAGCACCCGCCAUUGUCUCAACCCGCCUGGCCACCUUUGAGCUCUACUUCAGCUCAUGCCUCCGCACCUUCCCGCCCGCCUGCGACCCCUCGAGUGCCGUGUCGCUGUCUCCGCUGCUCCUGAACCCGCUCGUGCAUCUUUUGCACGCCAGACUCAUCCUCCAUCGUCGAAACAUUGCUCCCCAAACUGAACACGAGGUACCCGCGCCAGCCCGGGCCGCAGCACUGCAAGAAUGCACAAGCCUUGCCCGCGAUACCGCAGGAUUCGUGGCUCGGUGCGACCCUCCGCAGCUAGCAGAAGGGGCGAUGGCGCUGACCGUGACGCAUAUCCUCCGCUGUGCUCUCUUCCUCCUGAUAUCGGCCGAGUGGGAACCGGCAAUCACAUGUGUCCGCGCGCUGGCGACUUGUGGCGAGGCGCGAGAGGUGGCGCUCCCGUGCGGCAGGUUUCUGGCCUUUUUCGUGUCCGUCCUGUCGGGCCGCUGGCAGAGGUUUAUCGAGGACAUGCAACACUCCUCGGGACACCCUCAGGGCCGCCUGCCGGAGCCUAACCAGGUCUAUCGAAACAUGGCGGUCGAAUGGCUCUACGGCGACGAAGAGCUGAUUGCGUAUCUCAGUUUCGAUCUGCAGACACACCCCACCGCCGCGUGGAUCUGGGCUGGCGACACCCCGAUGAGCCAGCCGCAACAACCUAUCCAAGGCGGAUCGGGCCCGGCGGCGGAACCCUCUAGCAGCCUGAGCAUAGAGAACCGGAUAGGGUUGACAGAGUCCGAGUGCCGAGACUGGGCGGGCUGGGAGCGGCUCGUGGACGAUGUGCACAAAUUGGCGACCGCGGCGGGAUCUUUGGGUGUUUCGAACCCCGCAGACGCCAGUCCGGUUAGAAGGCCUGGGGCCGGCCCGAGCCCGAGCACCACCGCGACCGACCGAGACAUUACCAUGGGCGGCUACGGAGCAGGACCUAGUGCUGGAGCCGAACGAAGUGCCAGCGGAGGAGGGCAUGGGAGCUCUGGGAAGAGCAAAAGUCAGGAGAGGAUCAGCAUCGCCAAUAUCAUAUGA